CCCACAGCAGCAGACUGGGAGGGGGUUAGGGGAUGAACCAGGAGUCCAAGGUGUCCACUCUGCCUCUGUGAAACGGAACCAUGGCUCUGCUCGUCCUCCCUCUUCUUCUACAAACAGGACUCGUUCUGAGCUCAAACUAUGGCUACGUGGAGUGGUCGGACACUGACCGAGACGAGAAGCACCCCCCGGUUCUGAGCACCCAGAACCAGCCCACCCUGCGCCCGCCGGCACCGGCCACGGAGCGCGCGGUGGUGGCGCACAAAAUCGAGGAGGACCUCCCGCGGGUGGUGACGGCUUUCCUGCACACCGGAGACUCCUCCGCCCUGAGGCAGGUCAACUGCUCCCGGAGGUACGAGCUGAGCAGCCUGCGGGGGGGCCUCCACAUGGCCUCCCACUACUCCCUGCACAGCAUCCUGGACACGGUCGCGCACGCCACCAACUUCCUGAACGUAAUCCUGCAGACCAACAACAGCUCCCGGGACCAGACCCUCCGCAGUGACAUCCACUGGUACCACGCGCUGGUCCAGAGCAUCCUGGAGGUGGACCCGAAAAUCCACAGGGCGGUGGUGACCUUGCACCCGGACGUGUCGACUCGGGGACCUCAGGUCUUCCUCCAGGCGACCAGGACUGAGAAGGAGGUGGUGCUGCAAGAACUGUCUGAGUCCGGGCACCGCCACCUGAAGAGCCGGGGCCCGGAGUCCGACUGGUUCAACGAGUUCAGGGACGAAAAGAGAGCGCACGUGCACAGGAGGGUGGCGGAGGGCUCGGGCUCCAGCAGCGGAGGGUACCUGCUGAGCAAAAACCACAUCAAGUGGUCCGCACCGUACCUGGAGUGUGAGCACGGGACGUUUGUGCCUCAGUGGCUGCUCACACUGUCUGCAGGCUUCUAUGAGCUGCAGGGGGGCUCCGCUCCACAGUUCAGGGGUGUCCUUUGGGUAGAUGUGAACCUGCAGGACGUGGACAUUGACCAGUGCUCCAGCAGCGGCUGGUUUGCUGGGACUCACCGCUGUAAUCUCACCAGCAUGGAGUGCACUCCCAUCGGAGGUCACGGCUUUGUCCUGGACAAGUACAAGUGUCAGUGCCGGAGAGGCUUUUACCAUUCGAGUCAAGUGGCGGUCAAUGGAUUUAAAAGGAAGGAGCCAGGCUCGAGCCAAGACGACUUCUCCGACGUGUCCAACAAGUGUCUGCCGUGUCGGGAGGGCUGCUCUUCCUGCCAGGAUGACACCCCCUGCCUGGUGCAGGAGGACGGGGCUCUGUGGCUUGCCCUCACCUCCUUCCAGGCUCUAUGCAUCCUGCUGGACCUGGCCUGCAUGUUUGGAGUUUACCACUUCAGGAAAAACAAGAGCAUACGGACGUCUGGGCUCGUUCUGCUGGAAACCAUCCUGUUUGGGGCACUGCUGCUUUACUUCCAAGUGAUGAUCCUGUACUUUAACCCCGGAGUGUUCCUGUGCAUCCUGCUUAGGUGGGUUCGCCUCCUGGGAUUCGCCACCGUGUAUGGGACCCUCAUCCUCAAGCUGUACAGGGUGUUGAUGGUCUUCCUGUCCCGCACAGCACAGAGGACGCCAUACAUGACGAGCUGGCGUGUCCUGCGACUGCUGGCAGUGAUUCUCUUGGUGGUGCUCUGGUUCCUGUUGGCCUGGACCUCAGCUGUGUGCCAGAAUCCAGAGCUGAGCCGUGCUCUUAUCACAGCGGGCCUCACACCAGAAGGACUUCAGUUCAGCACAUGUCUACUGGACCGAUGGGACUACAUGAUGGCAAUCGCUGAGUUCCUCUUCCUGCUCUGGGGGGUGUAUUUGUGCUACGCUGUCCGCACUGUACCCUCAGCCUUCAACGAGCCUCGAUACAUUGCGGUGGCUGUCUACAAUGAGCUCUUCAUAUCAGCCAUUUUCCACUUCAUCAGGUUCUCUCUGGUUCCCGGACUGCACCCCGACUGGAUGUUCAUGUUGACCUUCGCUCACACUCACCUGACUGUGACGGUAACUCUGGGUCUGCUGCUUGUUCCAAAGUUCUUGUCUAAAGGCAAUCAGGCCAGAGACGACAUUGCAACUGAGGCCUACGAGGAGGAGCUGGAGAUGGGGAGGUCUGGUUCUUACUUCAACAACAGCAUUGCAUCGGCCUGGAGCGAGCACAGCCUGGACCCAGAGGACAUACGGGAUGAGCUGAAGAAGCUGUACGCUCAGCUGGAGGUCUACAAACGGAAGAAGAUGCUCGCUAACAAUCCCCACCUUCAAAAGAAGCGUAACUCAAAGAAAGGCCUAGGCCGCACCUUGAUGAAACGGAUCACAGAGAUCCCGGAGACCAUGCACUUACACCGCCAGUGCAGCCGAGAUGAUAGCAGCGAGCACGGCAGCAAAAGCAGCACAAUGAGAAGGAACCCAUUUGAGCCUAGCCAUCCAGGAAAAGCUCGAGACGACUCCCUGAAUGACAAAGUCACCAGCUUGACACAGUCCCUCAGCUAUGAUCAUAUUUGUGAACAGGACACAGACACCGGAAGCCAAACCAGCUCAGUUCCAGGAGAAAAGAUGGCUCCUGUAGGCAUCAGUGGUGAGGGGUCUCUUCUAGGUUCUCUCAUUGGCCACGAACACACCAAGAAGCAGCUAGAACCAGCUGGAACUCCACUGAGGCUGGAACCAGCUGCGUCCACAGAGUCAGUCCCACUCUUCUGGAAAUCAGCUAGCGCUCACAACCUGACCCAUGAGAAGAAACCCAUACACCUGCGCACCUCCAUUAUGCAGAAGUCCUUGAGCGUCAUUGCCAGUGCCAAAGAGAAGAUGCCAGGGCUUUCCAACAAGACUCAGAGCGUGGAGGACUCCAGUAAGAAUAGUCACAGGGACCAGGAGGAGAAGAUGCUGUCAGAGAUGGAUGAGACACCGGAACAUUUUCCAAAAAUGAUCAUCAGCCAAUCAGUGGAGUACUCCAAGACCGCCAUGAAGAUGGCCAUAAUGAAACAACAGGUGAGUGGCAGCCAGCCAUCCAUUUGCUCAGAGACUGGGAGGAACCUUUACGAUGUGUCAGAGGUGUGUCCUUGGGAAGUGGAAGAAGCUCAGAUGCCUUCUGACCCAAAGACCCAGAAGCAUGUGUCUAUCGCUCCAAUGGAGAUGAGCCAGAGAGGCAGCAGCAGUUCUGGAAUCACCAAAACCAGCCGACCCCAGCAGAAACAGACGCAUGGGCAGUCCCCUUCUAAUAAAAGGUGCUCCAAGGAUAAAGGUGGAGACCGGGAGGAAGGAAAAGAUCUAAGGAAAUAUCAGCCUCCCAAGUCACCUCUCCCUCUGAAGCCAGACCUGUGUCACUCAGAGUUUGAUGAGCAGCCCAUUCUGGAAGCAGACUCCGACUCCAUCUCUCCUGACAGGAUCAGGCGCAAGAAAAGUGUUACGCCCACUGACGGGAAACCUAAAGGGCUCCACUCAGACCACUCCAAGUCCACGGGCAGCCUGCUACAGCCGCCAUCUCUGAUGGUGGAGAUCUGCCCAUGGGAUUAUGCCAAUCCACCUUCAGCAAAGCAGGAGAAGACCUGCAACAGUCCCACCACACACAAAAGGAAACGGAAAGGCUCAUCUUCAUCCAGCCGCAAAUCGGAGAAGGAGAAAUUAAGGGAGAAAAGCAGAGAGAGGCGGAGCUCCUCCAGCAAGCCUGUGGCAGAGAGGAGGUGGGUAAGCCAGUCAUCUGAGGUCAGUGAGCCUGUUUCAGAGUGCCGUAGGAGCUCCACCAGGGACACAGAGGUGUUCUCCCAUGACACAGAGCACUCUCACACACACAGCAGCUUGGCUCAGACUAAAAAAUCCCCGGAGAGGAAGAAAGAGUGGUCCCUGCGAGGUAGUUACAAAACGGCAGUCCUCGGCAGUGCAAAAAUGGCUGACGUUUGUCCCUGGGACUUCCCCAAGCAAGAUUCAGGGGAGAGAGAGUGAUGACUGUGGGAUGAUUUGAUCUUGGUUUU